ACUUCCGCGUUUGAGUGUGUCCGCGCUGAUAUGGCAUGUAGUUAGACAGAUUUGGACUAUUGGAUCUCCAAGAUAUUCAUAUUUUUUAAUACAGAGGUUACACUCUGUGCGUCUGGACACACAUAACUGAGGAUGGAUGCCACAUCAGCAGCUGGAGUUCUUCAUCCCUACUGGCCACGGGACCUUUUGAUCCCCACCUAUGUGGCCAAUGACAGAUCCAUGUCAGAGAUUCUUGUGUUCCUGUUUUCUGUGUCUGGGGUGUUUCUGCUUGUGACCUGGCUGAUCAGCGGACAGAAAGGGACCAGUGGCAGGCUGGGGGCAUGGAGGCGCCUGGCUGUGUGCUGGUUUGCCGUUUGUGGUUUCAUCCACGGCGUCAUUGAGGGAUGGUUCUCGCUCUAUUAUGAUAUUAUUCCAGGAGACCAGAGCUUCCUGUCACAGCUCUGGAAAGAGUACUCCAAAGGAGACAGUCGAUAUGUGAUAGCUGAUAACUUCACCGUCUGUAUGGAGACUGUGACUGCAUGGUUAUGGGGACCUUUCAGCUUUUGGGCUGUGUAUGCAUUCUUAACUAAGAAGUCCUACAGAUUUGUUCUGCAACUCAUCAUUUCGUUAGGUCAGCUGUAUGGAGCGGUGCUUUACUUCUACACAGAGCACAGAGAUGGUUAUGCGCACAGUGAGUUGGGACACCCAGUCUACUUCUGGUUCUACUUUGUGUUCAUGAACGUACUGUGGAUCAUCAUACCGCUUGUGCUCAUUGUGGAUGCAUGGAGACAGCUGUCAGCAGCCCAGACACACGCUGAUAACACAAAAUCUAAGAGGAAGUGACAACAGGAGGAAUUGACUGUGGGACUGUAGGACAAUUACUACAUGAGGCACAAGGGGAAAGUAAACUUGGGAAAGCACUACGUUCAAAGAUGGAAUAUAGUAAAUGAAUUAUUGUUUGGAGUUGGAUAUAUCUAUGGUUGUUAUGUUGUGCCUGUAAACUUACCACUUAAUUUUAAAGUGCAUCUUGUUCCUUUUGUGUACAACAAUAAAGAAUUCAAAUUUGUAU